GGCGGGAGCCUCGGCCGCCCCUGUCCGCCCUCACCCGCGGCGCUAUGGAGGCGCGCGGGGCGGCGGAGCGUGGUGAUGUUCGCAUGUGUCAGACCGUGUUCCCGGCCCACGCCGACCACCGCGGCGAGCUGAGCGCUGGGCAGCUACUCAAGUGGAUGGACGCCACUGCCUGCCUCGCAGCUGAGAAACAUGCUGGUGUUUCUUGUGUGACUGCAUCUGUGGAUGACAUACAGUUUGAAGAGGCUGCCAGGGUCGGACAAAUUAUUACCAUCAAAUCAAAGGUGAACAGAGCAUUCAAAACCAGCAUGGAGGUUGGCAUCAAGGUUACGGUACAGGAUGUUUUGACUAAUGUUGAAAAAACUGUGAGUGUGGCAUAUGCAACAUAUGUAGCCAAACCAGUUGGUCGUGGAAAGAUUGAAUUAGAACCUGUAAAGCUUCUGUCUACAGAAGACCACCUGGAGCACAGCCUGGCUAUUGAGAGAAGAAGAAUCCGACUGGGCUAUGAACAGCUCUUUCAGAACCUAAUGCAGGAGAGUAAUAAGGAAGAUACCUUUGAAGAGGAGCAUGGAGUUUCAACUGACCUUACUCAUGUACAGAGUAUUGAGCUUGUUCAGCCUCCUCAUGCAAACCAUCAUGGAAACACUUUUGGUGGCCAGAUCAUGGCUUGGAUGGAAACAGUGGCAAGUAUUUCAGCAAGCUGCCUUUGUCAUUCAUAUCCUGUCUUGAAAUCAGUCAAUAUGUUUAAAUUCUGGGGACCAUCCGUUGUGGGUGACCACCUUGUUUUCAAUGCAAUUGUGAACAAUACAUUUCAGAAUAGUGUGGAUGUUGGUGUCCGUGUCGAGGCUUAUAACUGUGAAGAAUGGAUCAAGAACCAGCCACGGCACAUUAACAGCGCAUUUCUCAUUUUUAACGCUGUGAAUGACAGUGGAGAGUUGCUCACCCUCCCCAGAAUCAAACCUACUACACAGGAUGGUAUGAGGCGAUACCUUGGAGCUAUUGCCAGAAGGAGAAUUCAACUAAUCAGAAAAUGUAUACUAUCUGCUAAAGUAGACAAACCUUCUGAUCUCUGGGAGAAAAGCAACCAGGCAUAUAUGAGUUACAGCAAUAUAGCUGCACUGACACACCUAGCAGCAAAACAAGGAUGGGAAGUAACCAGUACAGUGGAUGAUAUAAAAAUAUGGACUCACGAGGAGGGUGCAAUGUUGUCACUCAAAGUUGAAAUGCAAGUGAAGAUACCAUCACAUCUAGCUUUCUCUCUUUUGUCUGACUUCACAUUACGCUUACAAUGGGACAAACAUUUCUUAACUUGCAAGGUCCUGCAGGCUGUGAAUGAAGAUGACAAAAUAUAUUAUGUUACUUCUCCACCUAUGACUGGCCAUAAACCCAGAGACUUUGUGGUUCUUGUGUCUCAGAGGCAGCCCUUUAAGCCAAGUGAACCUUACAUAGUAGCUGUGAAGUCAGUUACCCUCACGUCUAUGCCACCUUCUUCAGAUUACCAGAGAAGUGAAAUCCUCUGCGCUGGAUUCCAGAUCUACAGUGACAGCGAUAGCUCCUGUACAGUAUGUUACUUCAAUCAAGUGACAUCAGGUGUUAUGACUUACUUUGCAGCAAAUCUUACUGGCUUAUCUAAAUCCAUCGAAGACACUGCUUUGGAAUGUAUGAAGUUCUUGGAGAUGAACAACAGCAAGUUGAAAUUAAAAACAGAUUUCUGAAGAAACCUCUGAAUAUGAUCAAACAGUGCUGGUUUAAAUUCCUGCAUGUUGUGUCAAUCAUUUUUCUACAGGUUACUUUAGAUCAUGUAGCCUAUACUGGGCUAGAUGAGGAUAUCUAGUACAAGCAUUUUCUAUCAAACUAUGGUUAGACUAGGCUCUAAAUCCAGUUUUUAACUUUAAAAAGAUUAAACAGAUUUCUGUCUUGAUUGUGUUAAUGAAUUUUAUGUAAAUUGAGGCAGAACGUGGCUCAGUAGAACUGUAGCUCAUGAGAUUAUUUCACUGUUUUAAUGUUAUAUUGAACAGAAUUGCAUCCACUGAAGUUUUAAAUCAGUAAAUUUGCAGAGAAGUGGUGCUGCUAAAUAGGUUACCCAGUGCUUUGGUUAUCAAGGUUCUUACACACCCAUUACCUAUAAAUUGAUUACACCCCAUGUUAAGUUAGUGUUUGCUAACUUCAACUGUUAAUACUUCUAUUUUAUCUGUUGACUUCCAAUAAAAUACUGUUUCUGAGGUUACAAAUCCAAAUCUUACUAUGGUGCCUCUGAACAGCUUCAGACAUUGUUCCAGAAAGGCAGCUUUUCUGUUAUGUUGGGGACUGUUGACCUCCAGCUGGCAAGCUCUGAGCAAGACUCUUAUGAGAGCGCUGAAUAAAUGCAGAACAGUGAGACUCUUGGAUCCACGCCCUCAGAGAUGAAGAAGAAGAGUGGUUUCAGA